GUCAUAGGCUGUUACCUGGAGAGAGGGGCGGGGCCUCGGACACCUCCCCGAGCAGGAAGCGGAGCGGUGUUCCGCAUUCUCUGGUUACACUUCCUGCUUCAGAGCGCAGAGAGCAGCCCGCUGGGUAGAAGGCCCGUCCACUGGAAGUGAGUCAAGGAAGCAGGAGGCGAGUAAUCAGUCUGUCCCACACAGGAGAGGGAUCCCUCCUCUGAUGUUCUACCUAAGAUUCCUUCCUGUUUUUGGGGGGAGUUUUUCCUGUGCCGAAUGUGUUGAAACUGCUGAUCUACUAUGGACAGAGCUGGACUAGGACUAACAGACUAGCUACUCCUAAGAGAAGGAAGAGUCUGUUGAGACUUGCUAGAUCUGGUCUGAGUUGAUAAAGUUUGGAUUACGUAUUCUGAUCGGGACUACGGUGGUGGAACUGAGACUUUAAGAUGAUCAACGUUAAAUCUUUGACUGCAGUCCUGGUGUCUGCACUGAUCCUGGGAGUGCUGUACUUAUGCAACUCCCUGUCGUACAGCAGAACAUCACCCCAGCAGAACAUCACACCAAACAACAUCACACCAAAGAACAGAUUGUCUGCUGAUGUCAAUGCUAUGAGUAAUGAAGUCCACCUUGUGGCUCCUGACCACCUGCAGUAUGAGCAGCCAAGCAUCGUACAGGGUCGGACCGACGUGGUGACGGUGACGCCCUGGAUGGCUCCUAUUGUCUGGGAGGGAAUCUUUAACCCGGUUCUACUCGACGGCAUCUACAAACCAAAGAACAUCACCAUCAUAGCCACCGUUUUUGCUGUAGGAAACUACAUCAGGUUCCUGAAGAAGUUCUUGGAGACAGCCGAGCAGCACUUCUUCGUUGGGUUCAAAGUGCACAUUUAUGUGUUCACAGACCGGCCCAAUGAGGUACCCCAAGUCACAAUGGCCUCCGGCAGACAGCUGAUGGUGCGGUUGGUGCCCAGCUCGAAGCGUUGGCAGGAGAUCUCGGCUCGGAGAAUGGAGCUCAUCCAGAUACUGAUUGAAGAGCAGCUUCCCAACAACAGAAACUACAUCUUUUGCCUGGACGUGGACUCGGAGUUCCACGGCCGCUGGGGAAGCGAGUCGCUGGGCGGACUCGUGGCUGUGACUCAUCCAGGUUAUUACAGGGACGCACGCAGCAACUUCCCAUAUGAGCGCAGACCUUCAUCGAGAGCCUACAUAGCCCCUGGGGAGGGAGACUUCUACUACUGCGGGGGUGCCUUUGGGGGUCUGCUACAGGAAGUGCAUCAGCUCGCCAAAACCUGCCGCCACAACUUUGAGGCUGACGCCAAGGAGGACAUUGAAGCUGCCUGGCAGGAGGAGAGUCACCUGAACAGGUACAUGUGGAUCAACAAGCCCAGUAAGGUGCUCUCACCUGAGUACCUUUGGCAGGAUUUCAAACCCAGAAAUCCAGAAAUCCACAUUGUCAGGUUCUCCGGAGUUGUCAAGAACUACGCUGAGAUCCGACCCAAUCCCUGAUACCAUUUUAAAGUUACUGACACUUGUUGCUCAGCAACAGACUCUAACCCACCUCUUCACCUGACUUCUAGCUGCCAGAGUCCUCACCUGAACUAUUGCAAGACGCCAGAGAAUUAUAAUAAACUAAAGAGGCAUUUACCUGUUGUUGCUAUUGUGGUUAUAACCUUCUUCACAGUAUGAGAGGUCACAUGGAAACAGGGUUCUAACACUCUUCCACAGUAGAAGAGAUCCUCCUGCUAACAUUCUGUUAGGGUUCUUUGAGACCUUUUCAACUUUUAAAUUGACUGCAGGAAACUGUCAUAAACCAUGGCUCAUACAAAACCAACAGGGAUGUAGCUGAGCUUUUAUACAGUUGUAAUCAAAAUGAUCUAUUCACCAUUGUAAUAGGGUUAUUAAAAUUGUGCAAUUUCUCAGCAGAUUGCAAUGAACAAAGUAGACAAGAACAGCUUAAAUAGUGAAAAGUGGUCGGUGCAAGAUUCCCUUUUCAGAAAGGCUCCGGUGGUCGGAUCCUUUUUCAGAAGGGUAUCAGAAAAGCUGAUCUCAGUUGGGUAUUUAGCGGCAUGCAAAGUGUAACAUUAAAUGAGUCUUCAUGGUUUUUAUGUUAAUGUUUUAUUCUAACUUUAUUGAGAAUCUGGCACAACACAGCGAGCUGCAGGAAGCGCAGCAUCUUAAAUAAAGUGACGUAUGUCUUAAUGCGAGGCUUUAGAAAUGAACACAAAUGGAUUCUGUAUUUGCUCAUGAAGUCAGAAACUAUUCGUUUGGCCAACUGACUGUACUUUUACCCUUUUACUUUGAAAAGCUUGAGUUGAUUCUUCAACUUAUGCAGAUAUUUUUAACUUGGGGGUGCACCAGAGAUUUUCAAUAGGGUUUAAGUCAGCCCCUGAGUAGUUGCACCAGGUGUGCUAGAGACAGGAGCUGUGUCUCAGAGUCGCUAGGCUGCAUCCUUAAGGACGCAUCACUUUCGCUGCUUGCCUGUCCCGUUCCGUCGGCUCCUCCGAACGCGGCCGAGGGACGCAGCCCCCCAGGAGCCGAUUCUACGAAGGCUGCUAAAGGCUGGAGGCUACAAAGAUGCAGCCUAGCGACUUUGAGACAAGUUAUGCUUGAAUCAUUUUGAGACUGUAGUAGUCAUUAAAAAGCACUUUUGUGUUCAAUUUGGGUUAAAAAGCCUUGUAGUAUUAGUUUUAUUUAACUAUUUACAGUUUGUGUGUAAUUUGUU